CCUUCAUUCAUCCGCAGAUCUCUGUGUUAUUAAUACGCACCGCUUUAGUGAAUCAGCCGGGCGAUUAUUCACUGGAUUACUUUCAAAAUAUAGCCUGUUAAUUAAGGACUAACUCUACAGGGAAACUGCGUUUUGACAAUUCUUUACUGCCUCCUCGGAAACAUUCAACAGAGUGCGGAAUAAUGUGUGACUUCAGCAUGGACCAAGUGACCCCUCUGUCAUCAGGCUACCGGCGCCUAAAGAGGCAGGUUGCGUUGGAGCUGUUUGAAGACCCCAUGUCUCUAUUCUCUGGUUUUUACCCAUUAGUGCAGCAGGAACAGGCAGCUCAGGAAGUCCCAUCUGGUUUGGAGUGUGUUCCACAAGACCUGGGACUAUGCUCUGUACCACUGCUGACUCCCUGCAGCAAAGCAGUGAUGAGCCAAGCACUGAAAGACAGUUUUAAUGGAUUCAGCAAAGUCCAAUGCAUCUGGGGCAUCUCAAACAAUCCAUUUAAAUGGAACAAGCAGCAUGUCCAACAGUGGCUGCACUGGGCUGCUAGUGAGUUCAGCCUCACCAAUGUGAACUUCUUCAAGUUUGAUAUGAGCGGCCAGGAGUUGUGUGACCUGGGGAAAGACGGUUUUUUGGAAUUAGCUCCAGAUUUCGUGGGCGAUAUUCUUUGGGAGCACCUAGAACAGAUGAUGAGAGGUUUCAGUGUGGAGGACACACAGUAUGCGCUUCAGGCCACAGAGAACACUAGCAGCCUCCUAAGGGAGUUAUUUGAAGCCCCGGAUAGUCCCACCCCUCUGAUCUCUGAGCCAGAUUUCUCCAUGUUCCCAAAACCUCAACUGAGCACGGUGAACGUCAGCUACAUCAAUCAGGAAUUCCCAACUGGCAAAGCACAGCCACACCUUAACACACACUUUUCAUCCCAUGAGCAGACUUCUGUCGAGAGUGUGGACAGUUUGGAGGGAACCGAGCGUGUCCUGCACUCAUGGGGCAGUCAGUCAUCCCUGGCCGACACCCAGCGUGUGCCAUCUUAUGACAGUUUUGAUGACGAGUACAGCGCAGUGCCACUGAGCCUGGGCAAGCAAGGCCUGUCCUUUAAAGACUAUGUACAAGAGAGAAACGAGCCGCUGGAGCAGGGCAAACCUGUCAUCCCUGCCGCUGUGCUUGCUGGAUUCACUGGAAGUGGCCCUAUUCAGUUGUGGCAGUUUCUGCUGGAGCUCCUGACAGAUACAACCUGUCAAGGCAUCAUUAGCUGGACUGGAGAUGGCUGGGAGUUCAAACUCACUGACCCUGAUGAGGUGGCACGCCGCUGGGGCCGCCGCAAGAACAAGCCCAAGAUGAACUAUGAGAAGCUAAGCCGUGGCCUGCGCUACUACUACGACAAAAACAUUAUCCACAAAACAGCUGGAAAACGCUACGUCUAUCGCUUUGUUUGUGACCUCCAGAAUCUCCUGGGCUACGCUGCAGAGGAGUUGCACGGCAUGUUGGGAGUGCAGCCAGACACAGAGGAUUGAACCCAGCAAAAUGCCUUCAUGAGUGGUGUGUUUGUUUGAGAUGGGGAAGUGACCCCCGUUGUCCACUGUUACAGUCGGGCUCUUUAAAAGGUCUGUGUCCUGAAUGAUGGCAGUUACGCAGCUGCACUUCAAGCCUCUGCACUGGCUGCACUAGAAACGUGCAAUUUUCUCUGUUUGGUCUGGAGCAGGACUCCGCUCUCAAUCUUUACAAUGGCCACACUUCGGAAAGACAGGAAUUCUGAAAGUGAGCGGACAUCUGGUUCAAAGAUUCUCAUGCUUUAUACACAGAUAUGAAAUUCUAUUUAAAAACAAUGUACGUUUCUUCAGAGCUGGUCAGGAGUGUGUUUAGACUAAAAGAGAAGUGUACAGAGAAGCUUUUACAGAAUGCGUUUAUGUCGGCAGAGAGAACUGGGUGCCUGUGUAGCACGCUGUAUUGAGACUGUUGUUAUGUAACACAUGCUGUUGCCUUUACUGAUUUGCAAAGUGCUUUAAACUCCAGACUUGCACGCUUCCUUUGUUACUAGAGAGCCAUCCAGCAUAUAAGCCAAGUAUAAACCUGUAGGUCUGUGUGCUUUUCUUCUUGCAGUCUUACUCAGAUGUGUAUUUUCAAUAGACUAUGAUUGUAAAUGAAUACAGUGUAUAAUUUAUUUGAGCUUUUGCGAUUGCAGCCGCUGUAAUGAGCACAUUUUGUAUCUGGGUAAUUGUUUGUUUUUUUUUUUUUUGCAAAAGCCAAAGUGACAUUCCAAUGUCAGUAUUUAAUUUCAUUCCAAGAGAAACUUGCAUUAAGGUUAAUAGCGUUGGUAGGAAACUUGCCUACAAAGAUUUAUAUCAGAUUUUGAAACAGCAGCAGAACAUUUUCUUGUUGUUUUUUUUUUUUAGUUUUUUUAAUAACUAAACGAUACUGUACAUUCUGUCGAAAUGGGCCGUUUACUGCAAGUUUUAUUUAUCUUUGUACAUGUCUGAAUGUAUUUAGCUCUAUUUAUUUAAAUCAAAGCCAUAUAGGCACUCAGAGGAUUCUCCAAAUCAUGAUUGUUAAAUUUUUUUUUUGUGGUUAGUUCUCUUAUGUGUAUAUAAUAUUUUGAUAACUAUAAUUGUGUUGGAUCUAUUUAAUUGCUGUUUUUAGCAUUAUUGAAUAUAAGCAGUAAAGGAAACUGAUAAGAUGCAAGAUAUUUAAAAAAAAAUCUAAAUCAAAAAAGUGACUUUCAUGGAGGGGAAGUUGAAAUGAGGUCCUGUUGCUAUUUGAACAUGUUUUGUGAAACUGCAUUUAGCUUUUACACAAAUAUCGAUGUCUUGUAUGUUUAUAAAAUUAUUUUUCUACAUAAAUCCUUUGUGUUAUGUUGUUUUGCAGUAUUUUAUGGGUUGUGUACUUGUUUGGUAGAACAUAUCAAAUACAGCUUUUACAGAAAGAGAGUGAACGAAAGAAACAGCAAUAUGAAGCCAUCUGCUCAUAUACAUGGUAAAAUCUGAUCUGGGAAAUUUUUUCUAUUUUAUUUAUUUAUUUAUUUUUACAGUUGGAAAGGGAAUAGCUGAUCCUGGAGCUAAACCGAUUGAAAACUGUGAUCUGAGAAAAACAGUAUAAAGGCAGAGAGAGGUGUAGUACUUCUUGAAAACUAGACCAACAACAGUCACACAACUGAAAUUUUGAGAAUGAAAAGUUUGCACCCUAGAACUGAACAGAAUAAUAAAAUGAACAGUGUUUAAAUUUCUCUAAUUUUGGGACAAAGUCUAUCAUUGCUGGAAGCAGUGAUUAAAAUUUCACGUGUCCCUUUCGCUCACUGCUGUUCAGAUUACAUUACAGUGUACACUUUGGCAGUCAGAACAUACUGUAUGUAUCACUGAUGACACUUAUGCUGAUGUGAAAUAAAUGUUUUUAAAUGA